CGGAGGGCGCAGCAGCAGGGUCACAGCAGCGGUUAUCGGCGCUCGCUGUAAACAAAUCUUACGAUGUGCGGAAAGGAUUUUCCCGGGCAGCUGUCAGCUCGGUCACUUUUGCUGUUAACCAUGUAGACCAACAUUGUAUCUUUGGCGGCCCGGAUACCGUUUUUCUUCAUUGUUUUGGCCGCAGGUUUUGAAGGCUAUGAUGGUCAGCGGCUGAAUUAAACCCGAAAGCUAGCUCGCUAACGUCAGCUCUUUUCGUUCGCGCUGCGCUCGUGUCAGAGGCACGAGUUGUCAUGGCAUCGCCCGCGGAGCACGACCUGACUCUGUCGGAAGCGGACAGCAGCAAGGAGAAAGCGCAGGUGUUUGGAAUUCUGAGGCUGCAAGAAGAGAAAGGGAGUGUUGUAGACAAAGCUAACAGCAGCAGCAGCUCUGUCAGAGGAGGAGACGGACGAUGGCAGGCUCCAAUCUUCGCUUUGGCCAGGAAAGCAUCCGAGACCAUUUCAGGGAGCAUUCAUGUCCUGCCCAAAGUGUCGGAGCUCAGAACGUCUCUGCCCGGAGACUGGACUGUACAAGCUCUCCGAGAUCCCAUGGCCAUGGAACGAGCCAACCUUUUGAACAUGGCCAAGCUGAGUAUUAAAGGUCUGAUAGAGUCUGCACUGAGCUUUGGCAGAACACUGGACUCAGAUUACCCACCUCUCCAACAGUUCUUUGUGGUCAUGGAGCACUGUCUCAAACAUGGUCUUAAAGUGAAAAAGUCAUUUCUGGGCUUCAGUAAAUCUCUGUGGGGUCCUCUGGAGCUGGUUGAGAAACUUUGUCCUGAAGCAGCAGAGAUCUCAGCCUCUGUACGAGAUCUGCCUGGACUUAAGACUCCAUUAGGCAGAGCCAGAGCAUGGCUGCGUCUGGCUCUCAUGCAGAAGCGUCUGGCUGACUACCUUCGGGUGCUCAUCACUAGAAAAGACCUGCUCAGUGAUUUCUAUGAGUGUUCAGCACUGAUACUGGAAGAGGAGGGUGCAGUGAUUGUGGGUCUGCUAGUGGGACUAAAUGUUAUUGAUGCCAACCUAUGUGUUAAAGGCGAGGAUCUGGACUCUCAGGUUGGAGUGAUUGACUUCUCUAUGUACUUGAAGAAUGACAUUGAUGAUUACAGGUCUGAAGAGAGGAAUAGUCAGAUAGCAGCCAUCUUGGACCAGAAGAACUAUGUAGAGGAGCUGAAUCGACAACUCAACUCCACAGUCCACGGACUUCAGGGCAGAGUGGACUCUCUGGAAAAGUCAAACUCCAAACUCAUAGAGGAGUUAGCAAUAGCCAAGAACAACAUCAUCAAAUUACAAGAAGAAAACCAGCAGCUGAGGAAUGAAAAUGGCCUCAUUCUACUGAAGGCACAACAACAUUUAGAGGUAACUCAAGGUGACGUUUUGGUGGAGAGAGAUACCUACAAACAGUCACGUCAGGGUUUAGAUGAGAUGUACAAUGAGGCUCGACGACAGCUGAAAGAGGAGUGUCAACUUAGACAGGAUGUGGAAAAUGAACUCGUAGUCCAGGUCUCUAUGAAACAGGAAAUGGAACUGGCCAUGAAACUUCUUGAGAAAGAUAUUCACGAAAAACAGGAUACACUGAUUGGUCUGAGACAGCAGCUGGAUGAGGUCAAAGCCAUCAAUGUAGAGAUGUACCAGAAGAUGCAGUCAUCUGAUGAAGAGAUGAAGAAGAAGAAAGAUAUGAUCAGUCGUCUGGAAGAAAAGACCAAUCAGAUCACUGCCACCAUGAAGCAGCUGGAGCAAAGAUUACAGGAGGCAGAGCGAUACCGCAUCUCUGCUGAGGAGGGAACCAGACGUUUCAAGAUGGACUUUGCAAACAAGGCCGACAGCCUGCAGCGGCAGAUUGGACACAGAGAACGACAGCUCCACCAGUUGGAGAUGGACAUGAAGAUCGAGAGGGAGUGGAGACAGACGUUACAAAAUGAUUUGGACAGGGAGAGAGAGAUGGUGGCUCAGCUCAGUACAGAGGCACUGCAGAUCAACGGUCUGAAAAAGGAAUUCCACCGUCUUCAGGAUGAAAACUUUCAGCUGAAGACCAUCUGUGAAGACCAAGAACGAGCUCUUGAGGAACUCGGUUCUAAACUCAGCGAAAUCCAACUGAAGAUUGAGGACAUCAAAGAAGCAAACAAAGCUCUUCAGGGGGGCCAGGUUUGGCUGAAGGACAAAGAAGCGAGCCGCUGCAAGCUGUGUGAGAAAGAGUUUUCCAUCUCAAGGAGAAAGCACCACUGUCGGAAUUGUGGAGAGAUUUUCUGCAACGGCUGCUCUGACAAUGAGCUCCCACUGCCCGCCUCUCCAAAACCGGUCAGAGUCUGCGACACCUGCCACGCCCUCCUCCUCCAACGGUGCUCGUCCAAUCCGACAUGAUUGAGUCAACAGACUGUGGAUGUUUCCAGAGAUGUUCCAACAAAGUGGCCUCAAACCUUCACUUGUUCCUGAACACUCAGACAUGUUUACGUGGGUACAAAAGGUCAAAUUUUGGGGUGUUCAGCCUAAGGGAGCAGGACAGGAUCCACAAAACUCCCAUUCUGUCCUCAAACAAUUGGUGUCAAAUACAAAACUCUUCCUGUCCAGGAAUGAAUGUUUUCACUCGAUCUGAGAACUGGUUUAUCAUAAGCACUGACAUAUCCCUGUGCCUGUGCAAAUGUCAUGAAUGUUGCCAAACUGAGCUCCACAUUUAGGAACUUGCAGUUUCUGGAGGCCUGAAGUAUUUCAAUGCAGCAGCACUCCAAGUGUUGAGAGGUCCGUCAUUGUAAAGGUACAUUUCACUGUUAGAAAUGGUUAAUCCAGUGACCGACGUGUGUUUGAACUGGUUUUAUGAACUACUGAUUCUGCUUGACCACUGCUGACACGUUAGUGAAGACUGAAGCACCAACACAAAGCCACAAUGUGUGUUUAAACAUGCCAAGAAUAUAUGUGAUUGUGUUGAAUACACGUUUUGUACUUUG